GACGUUGUCGUAGCAACGAAAAACUUAUGGCAGCCGUUGACUUGCCUGGUAUAUCAGCGACUGUUGUUUUGGAGUGAAUGGCCACAAUGGCGGCCACUCUGCCGCCAAUUAAUGGGUCUGCAGGGAGCAGGAAAGGGCAAAAUGUACAACAUUUCAUGCCCUCCCCUCCGAAAGGUCCACCAAGUGGAAAGAAACUCAAACCUCUACGUAAAAUUCCUAGUACUCCAGACAGAGAUCCCUUUGUUAAACAUGAUAUACUCCGGCAACAACAGCCGGAUCUUUCUAAAAGACAGACAGCCAGCUUCAGGAAUACAUACAAGCAUAAUCUGUGUUUAGACAUGCUGCAGGAAGGCUACCAUAAGUCAUUUAGUGAACUUUUUGCUUUAAUAAAACAACAAGAGGAAGAACGGCUAGAGAGAGGCCCAGAAUCACUUAUGUGGACACUGAUCAUGUUAAAAGAUCAACAUGCAAAAUUAGACAUGUUAAAAGUGCAUUUAACCAGAGCAGAGGAAGCCUACAGAAAAGGUGACUUUUCUGAGGUGUACAGAAACAGGUACGAAUUAGCUAGGUAUUUCCAAUCAACCAAAGACGAUAAAUGGCUAGCUGACCACUUCUUCACGACCUGUUUACAAACGAGUACGGAGGUCCAGGGUGACCACGGCAAGAUGCAAGCCCAAGGCCAUUACAAUGUUGGUGUGUCCUUGGAAGAGAAUGGUGACAAUUAUGAAGCUGUGGAUCAUUUUGAGGCAUACUAUAAACUAGCUGUGGAUCACAAGGAGUGGAUCACGGCUGAUGAUGUCACGUUCCAUACAGAUGCCUGCUUCAAUCUGUGGAGAAUCUACACUGCCAUUGGCCAGGUCCUGGAACGACAAGAGGAGCUGGAAAAGGCACUCGACUUCCUUACCAAGGCCCUCAACAUGGCCAAGGAAAGUCAUGAUAAGACACUUGAAGGUCAAGCAUCGUAUACACUGGGGCAGACACACGAGAAAUGCGGUGACGGUAAAUCUGCACUUGUGCAUCUCAAUAAUUUCCUGGACAUAUGCAAUGAGUUUGGUAACAGUGAAGGUAUAGGAAAGGCAUGUGAUGCUAUCUCUAAGGCUUAUGCCAGUCAAGGUAAGCUGGAGGAAAGUAUUGAAUACCUAAGGAAGUUUGUCGAGGUCACAGAACAAAGUGGCGAAGAAUUAGCUUAUAGUCGGGCCUGUCACAACCUGGGAAAUAUCCUAAAUUCUCUGGGUCGCUAUGACGAGGCUACAGAUUACUUCAGCAAAGCCUACAAUAUCUCGCGUACACUCUCCGAUAAGGAGGCAAUAAAUACCAACCGUGUCCAAUUUGGCAUUGCCAUGGCGCACAGAAUGAUGGGAGGUUUCCACGGCCACGUGGUGCUGGAACACAGACCUGCCCUUGAGCGCAUGAUUGAAUGGAAGAGUGCAAGAACAGACGAAUUCGAGAAACCAUUCCCUGAACCAAAAGAGGAAGAGCCGACCAAGGCCCCCACACCCGUCCCUCCCGCCCCAGUGGAGGCGGAGUCGACCCAGGAGGAGGCGAAACCAGAAGAGGACAAUGCACAGCAGAGAGAUGGUACCAUGACUGAAGACACGCCUACAGAAACAGGCACCAUGGAUAGUUGAGGGGCUCAGGUAGUCCAGCCACGCCCAUCAGCUAGGCCACACCCACCAGCUGGGGUAGCCAAGAUAUGCAAGUUGCAGCAACACAUUUAGAAUUUAUCAUCCAAAGGAAAUCAACCCUGAGAAUUUCCUAUAUUUUUUAAAAGGCAAAUGGCAUAGCAAACCAUUCCUUCUCUGGGAUAUAUGUGCUGUGUUUUAAAGCUGACAGCUGAGUUUGGGAUGGCCUGGUUGAAAACUAAGAUGAUGCAGCCACUUAUUAAGGGAUAUUGGGAUUUGUUCCUGCCAUACAUUUUUUAAGCAUUAGGGGAAAGAAAUUUCCAACUUUAAGCAUACUUAAAAUAAAAUUUCAGUUUUGUGUCUAUUACAAAAUAAGUUUGACAGCCAAAAAUCAACUUUACAUCAAGAUGGCGUUUAGUUAGAAUUAUAUGUGGGGGUGUAUGUUUGUCAGUUUUAUUUACAUACAAUAUAACUUAUGAUAAAGAUUAAAGCAAUGUAAGCCCAUGGAUAAAACUGCUGCUCUAUAGUACUGCUGAACUGAUUCGUCAGGUAUGAGUAUAGAUGUAUACAUGUUUGCUGUAAAUUCUGUUGUAUUAUUACCAGUACAUGUUUUUCUCUGUAUAUGUUUAUAUUGUUAAGAAUGUGACAUCUCUGGUGUAUGUAUCGAUUUCAUGUGUGUAUAUAUACCUGUGUACACACAUAUGAUCCACCCUCUGUAUAUUUCUAUGUUAUUUACACAAAUUUGUGUUUUAUGAAAAGUACUUUUCUUAUGUAAAACUUUUCAUGAAAUUUCACAAGAACAAAUUUGUGUAUAAUUAUAGGUAUACAUUUCCUAUGUAAAAAAGUUCAUGAACAAAUAAUUUGUGUGAAUAAUCAUUUAAAUUUGUAGCAUUAAAAAACAAAACAUUUUUUUCAUGAAGAUCUGUCCUUAGUAUUCAUGAAAAUUUGCUCUUCAAUUUUGAAUUAAGCAGACAUGCAAACUGGAUCCUACAUCUCAUGAGCUUGUCAUUAAGACAAGUCUCAAUAAGCAAGUUCCUAGUAUAUGUGUACAGCAUAAGUUUUUUUAUUUAAAUAUCUUUAGCGCUGUAGCUAGCUGCCUUAGUAUAGAUAAGUGCCUAUUCUUUAGUUAUGUACCAGACACGGCUAUUUCUCAAAAAAAAGUAAAUAAAAAAAAC